AGUAUCUGCAAGAAUCGUCUACAUAGUAGAGAUGGAUUGGCUGUCCAUUGUUUUAUGGCUAGUGAUUGGAAUCGUAUCGGCAAUUUUCUUAUUUUUUAAGAAGAGGUAUGCAUACUGGAAAGAUCGUGGUGUUGAAUAUGUUGAACCUACAAUUCCCUUUGGAAAUUUACCAUUCCGGAGAAAGGUGCAUCUCAAGGAAAUCAUCGGCAACAUUUAUGAUAAAAAAAGUGGACAAAACCCCUUCCUCGGAGCGUUCUUCUUUGCGACGCCAGUCGUUGUGGCCACGGAUCUAGAUUUUGUUAAAAGUGUUCUCAUAAAAGACUUCAAUAACUUUCACGGCCGUGGAUUAUACUUCAAUGAGGUAGACGAUCCACUAUCGGCUCAUUUGUUUUCCCUGGACGGAGAAAAGUGGAAAUCUUUGCGAGCCAAACUAUCACCGACAUUCACUUCUGGGAAAAUGAAAUUCAUGUUUCCCACGGUUGUCAAAGUUGCUGAUCGAUUCAAUGCUGGCCUAGCUGAUAUGAUAGACGGGAGUGUGACUUUGGAGGUGAAGGACUUAUGUGCAAGAUUUACAACUGAUGUGAUUGGAACCUGCGCAUUUGGUAUCGAAUGUAACAGUAUGAAAACACCUGAUUCCGAAUUUCGUCGAUAUGGUUCAAGAGCCUUCGAUGAUCCCCCAAAUUCUACGCUAUUUCAAGUACUCAGUAUUCAAUAUCCAAACAUAGCAAGCAAGUACUUUCAUAUGAGAGCUUUCAAAAAGGAUGUGAGCGAUUUCUUCAUGAAUAUGGUGCGCGAAACUAUCGCCUAUCGUGAAAAGAAUAAUGUGCGACGUAACGACUUUAUGGACUUAUUGAUUCAGUUAAAGAAUGGAGGCUCUCUUGAAGAUGAACAUUCAAAAAAGCUUGGAAAACUGACUAUUGAGGAAGUUGCCGCACAGGCUUUCCUAUUUUUCCUAGCCGGUUUCGAGACAUCAUCUACCACAAUUACGUUCGCCCUAUAUGAAUUGUCUUUGAAUCCUGACAUUCAGGAGAAGGGUCGUCAAGAAAUAGAAGAGGUAUUGAACAGGCACGAUGGGAAGAUAACUUAUGAAAGUAUAGAGAAAAUGGUUUAUAUAGACAGAAUUAUAAGUGAAACUUUACGGAAAUACCCGGCAGCACCGGUUUUAAUUCGCAAUUGCACCCAGGACUUCAAUGUUCCAGAUUCUGAUGUAAUCAUAGAAAAAGGCACACGCGUGGCAAUUUCAGCUUAUUCGAUCCAUCAUGAUCCAGAAAUUUAUGAGAAUCCCGAAGUGUUUGAUCCUGAACGAUUUUCUCCAGAGCAAAUUAAAAAUCGUCAUCCUGUAGCAUUUCUGGGAUUCGGUGAUGGACCAAGGAACUGUGUUGGAUUAAGAUUCGGAAGAAUGCAGUCACGUAUUGGAUUGGUUACCCUGUUGAAAAAUUAUCGCUUUAGACCAUGCGAAGAGACACCAACUUCAUUGGAAUAUGUAGAGGGGAAUCCUCUACUUUCACUCAAACACGGAAUCCAUUUGCUUGUUGAGAAGGUGUAAAUCACAGUAUGCUGAAUUUUGUCUAGCAUUAAAAUGUCACUCGAUAAUGCAAUCCACAUAGAUACGCCAGAAUAACUAUUCAUACACUUGAGUAGACAAUUUCAAACUUAAUUUAAAGGACAAAAAUAAAAUAAUUUUGUUUAAUAAUUCAA